CAGGUGAGUAAGGUGAGGCUUAAAGGGAACUGAGUACUGAGUCGCUGGAGCUCACGCAGCAGGGGCCUCCUGAGACCGUGGGCUCACACUUUUCUUCUCCCGUAGGAGUGAAUGCUCCCAGUUUUGAGGAGAGAGGGUGAGGGAGUUCCCCCCACCCUCCCAUACUGCGUGCAUUCAAGAGCAGAAACCUCACCAACCCCGUCUCCGCCCCCGAGUGCCCCACUUCCCUCCCCACGCAAGUCCCUUCCCUCGACCCCCACGCCGCCCACCGGAUCACUCACCUCGGGCACUUAACACCGCCCCUUCCCCAGCAGGGGGCCGCUUCCGGCGUUCCCAGGCAGGCCCGGGGAGUGGGCACAGCAAAACGGCUGGUAGUCUCUGCCCCUUCCGGGCUACAGAAAAGCCAAGUCAAAGUAAGGGGGCCCUGAGGGUGGGAGUGGAGCGGAGCCGCCUGGCCCCGAGGGUUGGGGUGGGACGGCGGCUGGCGAGGGGCGCUGCAAGGGCCGGCCCCUCCGCGCUUUCCUGGGGGUCCCGGCGGCUGCCGUCGGGCCUGGGAUGGGAUGCAGCUCUGUCCUCCGGCCCCCAGGGGGCGGCGCGGCGCUGCGUCCUCUGCCACCCUGCGUUCCCUCCCCGCGGCCAGGAGGCGGCGCCCGUGGACGCCGGGCGGCGCGCUGUACCCGCCGUCGACGGCGGUGCGGUCUGAACUGCCGCUGCGUCUGUGCUCCCUCUGGGCACCAAGACCAGCCCCUCCUCUGGUCUAGUGCCUUCUGCGUGUCUCACCCACGGAACUGUACCCCGACCAUCACCAACCCAUUCCCUGGAUGAGCAGAAGCCUUACACUGAGGGCCCAACCCCCUCUUACUUGGUCUGAGCAGGCCCACUCUUAAGGAGGGGGUGAUGGAAGGGCCGCCGGAGAUUGGGGAUGAGUCCCCGGACUCCCAGGGUCACGCCACUGACUGGAGGUUUGCAGUGUGCAGCUUCCGGGAUGCCUGGGAUGAAGGGGAGCCUGUUUCCCCCAUGCAGGUUAAGGACCCCAAUCCUCUGAGACCAACAGCAGGGACAGCCGAGGGAGAAGGGCUACAGGGCAGCCCCCUGCCUGGGGAGCCUCAGUCACCCCCAGGACAGAUGGCUGUAGAUGGGUCAGGGGAUGGCCAGGGUUCCACAUUAGGAGGUUCCUCACUUCAGUUAGAGGGACCAAAGCCCUCUGGAGUGGAGAGCCUCCUGUGCCCAAUGUCCUCCCACCUCAGCCUCGCACAGGGUGAGAAUGAUAGCCAAGGGGGAAGCUUGGCAAGGGACCAAGCUCCAAGCAGAUUAAUGCCAGCCUGCCUGGGUCCUGAGGGCUUAGACAGUGAUCCUGUGGACCCUGGAGGCCCAUUAUCUCAGAUGUCAUCAGAGCUACUGGAGGCAGACCUCAGUGGAUCUAGCCUCCCUAAGCCUGCUGAUUAUCUCCUGGCUCAAGACCUGGCCUGGGAGCUGCUGGCCAGUGGCAUGGCUACUCUGCCAGGGACUCGGGAUGUAGAAGGCCGGGCAGUGCUGCUUCUCUGUGCCCAUAGCCCUGCCUGGCUUCACCCCAAGUGCAGUAACCAUGAACUCAUCCGUCUCCUGCUCUACCUGCGCAGCAUCCCCAGGCCCGAAGUACAGGCCAUGGGUCUGACCGUGCUGGUGGACGCCCAAGUUUGUUCCCCAAGCUCUUCUCUCUUCUGGGGGCUCAGCCAACUGCAGGAGGUAGCCCCAGGGUCAGUGUACCAGGUGCUGCUACUGGGAAAGAUGCCAGAGGAUGUGCCUUCCAGGCUGCAGCUGCAGCAGCUGCCUUCUCAUCAGAGCCUCCUGAACCACGUCUCUACCUCCGGGUUGCCAGCUUCAAUGGGAGGAGGCCUGCCUUAUUGCCACCAGGCCUGGCUGGACUUCCGGAUGCGUCUGGAAGCCCUACUGCGGAGCUGCCAGGUGGUUUGUGCCCUGCUCCAGGGGGCCAUCGAGAGCAUGAAGGCUGUACCCCGGCCCUUGGAGCCUGGGGAAGUUGGUCGGCUGUUACGGCAGGCACGGGUCCUGAUGCAGCACGUGCUAGACUCACCACGGCUAGCGUGGCUACAAGGCCAGGGGAGUUUGGAGCUGGCAUGGCUGAAACAAGAAGUCCCAGAGGUGACCCUGAGCCCAGACUACAGGCCAGCAGUGGAUGAGGUUGACGAACUCUAUGGCCGCGUAGAUGGACUGCUGCACCAACUGACCCUCGAGAGUAACCGGCGGAUACAGGCACUAGAGUUGGUCCAGACGCUGGAGGCCCAACAGGGUGGACUACACCAGAUUGAAGUGUGGCUGCAGCAGGUGGGCUGGCCAGCACUUGAGGAGCUAAGGGAGCCCUCCCUGGACAUGCUGCUCCAGGCCCAAGGUCCUUUUCAGGACUUGGACCAGGUUGCCCAGGAGCAGGUCAGGCGAGGGGAGAAGUUUCUACAGCCACUGGCUGGCUGGGAGGCUGCUGAGCUGGGCCCCGUUGGGGCCCGCUUUCUGGCCCUGCAAGCCCAGCUGACUGACUUCUCCAGGGCUUUGGCCCGGCAGCGGCAGCGGCUGGCAGAUGCUGAGAAGCUCUCCCAUUUUUUCAAGCAGGCCUCGACCUGGGCUGAGGCAGGGCAGCAGGUGUUGGCAGAGCUGGAGCAGGAGCACCCUGGGGUCGUGCUGCAACGGCUGCAGUUGCAUUGGACCAAGCACCCUGACUUGCCUCCUGCCCACUUCCGAAAAAUGUGGGCUCUGGCCACAGGGUUGGGCUCUGAGAGCAUCCGCCAGGAGUGCCGCUGUGCCUGGGCACGAUGCCAGGACACCUGGCUUGCCCUGGACCAGAAGCUAGAGGCUGCACUGAAGCCACCACUGACCACGACCACGACCAUGACGGGUAGCACAGCCAGCCUGUGUGUCAGACGCAUCCCACCUGCAUCUGCUACCCCUCCCUUGAGGAAGGCACAUAGCCUUGAUCAGAAUUUGGGGCAGAGUCUCAGAGAGCCUGCCCACCACUGCCACCAUGUGGCCACUGCGGCUACCUGCCACAGACCGGAGGCUGGAGGGGGUGCCCGGCCAGGGUCAUCCCCUCCCAUGCCUCUACCAAGCAGCUCUGACCCCAGGAGCCCCAGCAGGCUCCAGCUGGUGCUGGCGGAGAUGGUGUCUACAGAGCGGGAAUAUGUCCGUGCUCUUGACUACACCAUGGAGAACUACUUCCCAGAGCUGGAGCGCCCCGAUGUGCCCCAGGGCCUCCGUGGCCAGCGCGCCCACCUCUUUGGCAACCUGGAGAAGCUGCGGGACUUCCACUUUCAUUUCUUCCUACGUGAGCUGGAGGCCUGUACCCAGCACCCAUCCCGAGUAGCCUAUGCCUUCCUGCGCCACGACAAGCAGCAAAUGCUGGGGGACCACCUGGACCUGGCCUCCUACCUGCUGAAGCCCAUUCAGCGCAUGAGCAAGUAUGCGCUGCUGCUACAGGAGCUGGCACGGGCCUGCGGGGGCGCCGUGCAGGAGUUGAGUGCCCUUCAGGCCGCCCAGAGCCUCGUGCGCUUCCAGCUGCGACACGGCAAUGACCUGCUGGCCAUGGAUGCCAUUCAGGGCUGCGAUGUUAACCUCAAGGAACAGGGGCAGCUGGUGCGGCAGGAUGAGUUCCUGGUGCGCACUGGGCGCCGUAAGUCCUUGCGCCGCGUUUUUCUCUUUGAGGAGCUGCUGCUCUUCAGCAAGCCUCGCCGAGGACCCACAGGCACAGACACAUUUGCCUAUAAGCGUUCCUUCAAGAUGGCAGACCUGGGCCUCACGGAGUGCUGUGGGGAGAGCAACCUACGGUUUGAGAUCUGGUUCCGCCGUCGCAAGGCCAGGGACACCUUUGUGCUGCAGGCUGCCAGCUUGGCCACCAAGCAGGCUUGGACGGCUGACAUUUCUCGUCUGCUCUGGAGGCAGGCCAUCCACAACAAGGAAGUACGCAUGGCUGAGAUGGUGUCCAUGGGUGUGGGGAGCAAGGCCUUCCGGGACAUCGCCCCCAGCAAGGAAGCUAUUAGCGACCGCACCGUCAACUACGUCCUGAAGUGCCGAGAAGUUCGCUCUCGGGCCUCUAUUGCUGUGGCCCCAUUUGACUGUGACAGCCCCUAUCUGGGGGCCUUGAGUUCCCUUCCUGGAGACCCUGCCUCUUGCUCUGUACUGGGGUCCCUCAAUCUGCACCUGUACAGAGACCCGGCUCUUCUGGGACUCCGGUGGCCCCUGUAUUCUGCCAGCUUCCCAGAGGAAGCAGCACUGGAGGCCGAAGUGGAGCUGGGCAGUCAGCUGUCUUUGACUCCUGAAGACUCAGAGGUCUCAUCCCAGUGCCCAUCAGCCAGUGGAUCCAGUGGGUCUGACAGCAGCUGUGUGUCAGGGCAGGCCCUGGGCAGGGGUCUUGAGGACUUGUCCUGUGUCUGAGCCCGGGCUGGAAGGCAAGCAGUGGAUCCAGGAGCUUUUGCCCAAGAAACAUCACCUCUCUCAGGAUCUGCUGUGACCAGAGUGUGGUUGCCACCUGUGCCACCUCCAGCCCACAUGCACUGCCCUAUUGACUACUCUUUCUGAUGUCUGUGCCCACUGGCAGACUGGUAGGGACCUCUCCUAGGGAGCCUGGCCACAAGCCUGAGUGACUACCCUAUUCCUGAGCUUCUGGCUCCAUGUCCCCUUCUUCUGUUCCUUCUGCAGUUCCCACCCCAGUUAUGAGUUAGGAUUAGGCUAGAGCAGAGUGUGGGUGUUUCCCUGCUCUAGGCUGGUGGGGCACCAAGUGGCUCUGGGCAGCGACUGGACUGCCCCCACCCUCAGGAGGAACAUAGGUGGGUUCCCAGCAGUUGCUUCCCAACUCCUAGUCUCAAAGCCAACCUUCUCAAACUUAGGGGCAAGCCCACAGCUGCUGUGCCCUUAACUCUUGACUGCCCUGGCUGCUCACGCCCAGCUCUUCUUUCCUGUGUCAGUUUGGUUAUAAUGACUCCACAUCUUUUGAAUAGCUUUCAGUUAAGAGUGUUAUCUAAAAUUAUUUCACUGGUUCUUAGGUCUUUGAUGUCUCAGAGAGUCCAGGCCCUUGACUUGUAAAUUACUCUUUAUUUAUAAUAAAAAUACUGAUACACCCUCAGAUGGGAACACACAUUCUUAAAAUGAGCCUUGGCAGGUGGGGGUGUGUGAGGGCAUCAUUUCUGGUCACCCUAGCCCUCUUGUAAGUACUUGCCCAGGAUAGAAUAAGAGACAGACCUAGACAGGCCCCUCUGGAUGAGCAGGUCCACGCAGCGACCAUAUUUCCUGGCGAAAGGCAGUGUGAGCUAGAAGGAAAGGCUCGUUUUAUCCCCUACUUCUUGGUUGGUUGUCUACCCUAGCUCUGUGGGUGUGUGUGGGAAGGGUCCUCCCAUCUGGGAGUGGGAUAGGAAUAGGGCAAGGCCUGUUAGUGGGGACCUUUGAUGCUCUUGGGCUCAGUUCUGCCCAAAGGCCUCUCACAAGGCUCUGGCUGGGAGUGGCUACCAGAAUGACCAGAGGGUCAAAAAUGUAUGUUUCGGGCCACUGGUUUUCCUUUUUCUAGCUGUAGAUGCUGACUUCAUUCUAAUCAAUAGACCAGCCAGAGGCCUAAUAGUAACUGGGAACCAGUGUGUUUAGGGUGAAAAGUAUUAUAAUAAUGUACUUAACUGCAGAAAUAACAAAUUAAGGAGAAAUAAGUUGAAUCUUUUUCACCUACAAUGUUAAAAACUUAAAACUCUAAAAUUAUUUUAAGGAAUUAAAAAAACAAAAACAAAAAAAACCUAGGUCAAACCUGGGUCAUUCCUUUCACCUUAUUGAACAUUUUUUUUGGUAAAGAAUGCUUUUAAAAGCAGCUUAUACAUGAAAGGAAUGUACGAAAGUGAGGAUAUAGUGAAGUAGGUGAAAUUGGUAUCACCCAUCAAAAAGGUCUGACUCCUAAUAGUUUCUCUGGCUUCAGCACCCCCAAAACUUGGGCUCAUAUGGUGUGCUUCCCAAGCAUGGGCAGGCUGUUAGUAAUGAAGGCCAAAUUGGUACUAUUGGAGGAAAUCUACAAAAACCAGUGGCCCGCAUACUGCUUUUUGAUCACUCUGGGCUGGUUAAUUUCAGCCACUGUUUCUCCCUCCUUGGGACCAGGGACCAGAGGUUAGCUGCCUGUCAUGCCUUCUGGGCACUGUUGGCUUGGCCCUCAUGCAGCAAGACAGUGUCCAUUUGAGGUGUCCACAGGGUCAGCAUUCCCAGUGGGGUACAGGUGGCCCUCACCUCCACCCAGCUGUACAGGCGUUCCUGGGUGUGCCGGUCAUCCUUGAAGCCGGUGAUGGCCAGCAAAUCCACCACAAACUGCUUGGGGCUGAUGUGCAGGGUCUGUCAGAAGAGCCCCUGGUCAGGCAGGGCUGAAAGCAGCUGCCUGACACACAUUUGCUCCCUGCCUUUCAGAGUGGGAUGCAGAACAGGGCUUCCCUUGGUCUGUAGGAGCUACAGGGAUCAGGGGCCACUGUCAUGCCAAACUGCUCUUGGUCAAGGCUUGGUUCAGAUGACACUGCCCUGUCUUCCUGUUCGUGUGCUUCUUGCCUCCCUUGUGCCCCUGACCUAUUCCCCUUGACUUGCUUCCCUUUGCCAGGCACCACUUACUUUGGGGAAAGGGGGACCAGACAGGUGGAGAAGAAAUAAGGCCUGGGGCCUGGCAAACAUACCCACAGCCGGUUGGUCAGGGAGACCACCUUGGCUGUCAUGGCUUUGGGGUCCUUUUGCCUGAUGGAAUCCAGGAUGAUGUCAGUCAGGAAGCGGUGACAUUUUUGUGCAUAAAACAUCUCUUCCCAGGACAGAGAGAAACUCAGGAAAGUCACUUCUGUGGAGGAGAGAGUGGAUAUGGCCACACUUGCCUGCGGCUAAGGCCUUAGAGCCCGCCUGGAGGAAGGGGAGAAGCGUAGGGCUCCUGAGGGAGACUUUUCCUGAAGUACCCUGGGUAGGGGCUCAGGCAUCUCCACAAGGAAGCACAGGGCCAGGUAUGGCUUUGGUCUCUUACCUCUGGGCUGAGGGCUGGCUGUAGUUGGUGUAUGCCUGAGGUUGUCCAUCUGUGUGGUGUAGAUGAUGCUGUCCUCAAAGAACAUGCAGGAGCCAUCGCUGCCCACCACGGGGGGAUGGGUCACUUUGAGGAUGACCCCUGCAUUAUCCACCUCACUGGCCUCAAGCAGAGGCUGCUCAGGGCCAGGGCUUUCUGUGAAAACAACAUGGGAUGGGGGUCCUCCAUAAGCCACUUUGGAGACCAAGCAGGGAAGGGUUCUCUGGUGACAGACCAGCAUAGUCAGUCACCCCAGCCUUCUAGCAGCUUCUGCUUCCAGCUUCUCAGAAGUAGCACCCUCUGCUGGUAGGGGUCUGUCCUGGCCUUCCUCUCUCCAUUGUUGUAGAAGCAUUACAAGCCCAACCCUACAUUUCAGAACUCCAAGGAACUCUCCGAUUUCCUCCUGAACCAAGGCUAGUAUUAACUAGAGUUGAUAAUACCCUACCUGGGGGACUGGAAAUUGUUGGAAAACUGUAAAAUGAGAGGUGCUUUUUGGGUGAGCUUCUGAUACAUGUCCACUCUGAAGAAUAUGUGAUAGACCAACUCAGGCCUCACAGGCAGGGCCCAAGGAGGUGCCUCCAAGGAGGGCCCUAAGCCUUUAAAAGGGAAGACAACAGAGUACUGUAGAAAGACUUUGAGGAAGCAGAGGAAACAGCCCAACAUGGCAGUUCUCAGCAUACUCCCCUAGGUUGUCUCCACACUGCUCCACCACAUAUAACAUAUGUGCCUCUCUUCAGCUCCUCCUGUCCAUUCCGCCUCCAUCAUCACCCACCCUCCUGCAGUCACACAAGCCUCUCUCUUGCUGGAUCCUUCCCUACUUCCUCCUCCAACUGCCUAAACUGUUUGAUCUAGAAUGACCUUACGCUUCUAACACUCCUGCUUCUGCUGCUACAUUUCCUCUACUCCCGGAGCAAACUCUGAAUGCACACGUGACUACUUGCUCCCUUGUUUAAAAUUCUUCAGUGGCUGCCCACACCCCAUAGAAUCAGAAUAAAGUACCAGUUCCUGAA